ACUGACAGGGUCUAGCUUCGGCGCAGUCUUACAAAACGACAGGGGCUAACCUCGCAGUGUUCAUUAAUGGCGGGCAUCUUAAGGUUCACGGGAAGAAGAUCUGAAGCCUUGAAAAAUCUUCUCCGGAGGAACAAUUUCUCCACUCAAACUCUUAGCGAGCCGUCAUUCGCACAGAGAAUUAGGGAUCUGCCUAAGGAUUUCCCCGGAAUUCAUGUCAAGAAGGACGUUUCUCAGCUUAUUGGGAAGACUCCCCUUGUUUAUCUGAACAAAGUGACUGAAGGUUGUGGAGCUUAUAUAGCUGCCAAGCAAGAAAUGUUUCAACCCACUUCAAGCGUUAAGGACAGACCAGCAAUUUCCAUGUUUGAAGAUGCAGAAAAGAAAGGACUGAUUACCCCUGGAAAGACGGUGUUGAUUGAGCCGACAUCAGGGAAUAUGGGAAUAAGUAUGGCAUUUAUGGCAGCUAUGAAGGGGUACAAGAUGAUUCUCACAAUGCCUUCUUUCACAAGCCUUGAGAGGAGGGUGUGUAUGAGAGCAUUUGGAGCAGAACUAGUCCUCACUGAUCCUGCAAAAGGCAUGGGAGGAACAGUAAAAAAGGCUUUUGAUCUGUUUGAGUCAACCCCAAAUGCUUUCAUGAUGCAACAAUUUGAAAAUCCUGCAAAUAGUCAGAUUCAUUAUGAGACUACCGGACCUGAGAUAUGGGAGGACACUCUCGGCCAAGUGGACAUCUUUGUUAUGGGAAUAGGAAGUGGAGGCACUGUCACUGGAGUUGGACAAUAUCUGAAAUCCAAAAAUCCUAACGUCAAGAUAUAUGGACUUGAACCUGCGGAGAGCAAUGUACUAAAUGGUGGUAAGCCAGGUCCUCAUCUUAUAACUGGCAAUGGGGUUGGCUUUAAACCAAAGAUAUUGGACAUGGAUGUAAUGGAUGCUGUUCUUGAGGUCUCCAGCGAAGAUGCAGUGAAGAUGGCAAGAGAGUUGGCGGUGAAGGAGGGGCUCAUGGUGGGAAUUUCCUCUGGAGCAAAUACAGUGGCAGCAUUAAGGCUUGCAAAGAUGCCAGAGAACAGAGGGAAACUUAUUGUGACGAUUCAUGCAAGCUUUGGAGAGAGGUACUUGUCGUCUGCACUCUUCCAAGAACUGAGGGACGAGGCUGCGAAGAUGCAACCAGUUUCAGUGGAUUAACUUUAUCAAUUAUUGUCAUUGCUAGAGAGAUCACUUGUGAAUUUGCCUUUCUAAUAAGGAAUGUGUGUAACGUUCAUAUGGUCUUUGGUUAUAAAUUGUUACAUUUAUGUGGUUACUGGAGAGGUCUCACUUUUAAAUGUGUCAUUAUCACUUUUAUCAAUUGUUAUGGAAUCCUUCCCCUGUUACAUUGUCUUCUUUAAAAUCCAUAUUUCCAAUGAUGUAAUAAGAAGCAACUAGUGAUGCAAUACCAAGCAAUUUGUCAUUCUGACUUA